GUGCGUUUAUAUAAACACAUGGGCUCGUGGGUAGUCUCAGAGAUCCGGUCUGCCUUCACUUCCACUCAAAUCCAUCUGUGGAACAGAGACUGACACUCAUCUUCCUCCAGACCAGCAUCAUUUCAGCGCCCGCCUCGACGACAUCAAGCCAUGGCUGUUACCGGCUGCUCUCAGUGCAUCAAAUAUAUGCUUUUCUUCUUAAACUUCAUUUUCUGGCUGGCUGGUGGAGUGAUUCUGGGUGUAGCUCUGUGGCUUCGCCAUGACAAUCAGACCAGCAAUCUCCUAAUGCUCCAGUUUGAAGGGACUCAAGCACCAGGGACCUUUUAUAUCAGUGUGUAUGUUCUCAUAGCGAUUGGGGCUGUAAUGAUGUUUGUGGGCUUCCUCGGCUGCUAUGGAGCGAUUCAGGAAUCUCAAUGUCUCUUAGGAACGUUCUUCACAUGUUUAGUGAUCCUCUUCGCCUGUGAGGUGGCAGCAGGAAUAUGGGGCUUUAUUAACAGGGACACAAUCUCCACUGAGCUCAUUAACUUCUAUGAUACGGCGUACAUUAAAGCUGUGGAUCCUGUGGAGACGACAUCCAAACAGGCCGCUGCCAAAGUCCUAGAGGUCUUCCAUGACACACUUGAGUGCUGUGGUAAAGGGGAUGAUAAUGAACUUUUCACAGCUGUCCAGGCCUCUCUGUGUCCCAAGAAGACCAACCAAGUCGACCUGCUCAUCUCUCAGAGUUGCCACACGAAGCUAAGGGACCUGUUCUCUGAGAAACUCCAUAUCAUUGGAUUGGCCGCCCUAGUGAUCGCUGUCAUUAUGGUUUUUGAGAUGAUCUUCACCAUGGUCCUCUGCUGUGCAAUCCGCAAUGCUCCUGCAUACUGAGGCGCUGGAUGAAGACCAGGCCGAUCAACAACGUUUGGUUUCUCCUAGUGAUAGGCAGGAGGCCAUUUCACUUUUGCAUUCCCUCUCUUUUCAAGUUCAGAUGUCCAAACACUGAACAUUGAUCCUUGUGUUUGUAGAGAGGACUUUUUAACUGAAUGCACACCGAACGCUAUAAUAAUUAAACCAAUAACUGAUAUCAGGGAAGAGGAAUAAUGUGAUUGACAUUAAUAUGGAUAACAUUGCUAUAAUGUAUUGUUUUACUUUUAUUUAAUCAGUUUAUUAGAUUUUCUCAUACAUUGCUCUUAUGGCCUAUUUUCAACUUUUAGUAGUAAAAGUGCUUCAAUGCACUUUCAUUUUAGUUUGUGUAUGUGUGCUUGUUUGUGAAGUAACUCAAUGUGAUGUUUAUAGAGUGAUAUGAAUCUGUUAUGCAACAAGUAAAUUUGUUUCUUGCAUUUCAUUGGAUUGGAUGCAACAAUGCAUUGGAUUUCAUUAGUGGCCCUUACGAUGAUGGCAUGAUAAUAUAAACCAAAAUCAAAUAAUUCAUUACUCAAUGAGCCCAUACUUUUUUAUUUUUGUCGACAUUCAGUUUAUUUCUAAUAAAUCUAAAAUAAAAUAAGUCAAUGUCA